AACCACUACACCUCACUCCGUCUCAUCAAAAGCUCACAAACAAAGGAGAAGCGGAAGUUUCAAGUCUCUGUGAAAUGGAGGGCAAGGAAGAGGAUGUUAGAUUGGGAGCCAACAAGUUCACCGAGAGGCAGCCAAUUGGAACGGCUGCUCAGGUUCCCGAUAGCAAGGACUACACCGAGCCACCACCGGCUCCUCUUUUCGAACCUGGGGAGCUCACUUCUUGGUCCUUUUACAGAGCUGGUAUCGCUGAGUUUGUAGCCACUUUUCUCUUCUUGUAUAUCACUGUUUUAACAGUCAUGGGCGUCGUCCAGUCCGAGACCAAGUGCAAAACAGUCGGUAUUCAAGGGAUCGCUUGGGCGUUUGGUGGCAUGAUCUUCGCUCUCGUCUACUGCACAGCUGGAAUAUCAGGGGGACACAUCAACCCAGCGGUGACAUUCGGGCUGUUUUUGGGGAGGAAGUUGUCGUUGACAAGGGCACUUUUCUACAUGGUAAUGCAGUGCCUUGGCGCCAUCUGCGGUGCUGGUGUGGUGAAGGGUUUUGAAGGAGCAAGCAGAUACGAGCGGUUGAAUGGUGGAGCUAACUUCGUGGCCCAUGGUUACACCAAAGGUGAUGGUCUUGGUGCUGAGAUUGUUGGCACUUUUAUUCUUGUUUACACCGUUUUCUCUGCCACUGAUGCCAAGCGUAACGCAAGAGACUCCCAUGUUCCUAUUUUGGCACCUCUGCCCAUUGGUUUCGCUGUGUUCUUGGUUCACUUGGCCACCAUCCCCAUCACUGGAACUGGUAUCAACCCAGCUAGGAGUCUUGGUGCCGCCAUCAUCUUCAACAGGGACCGCGCCUGGGAUGACCAAUGGAUUUUCUGGGUUGGACCAUUCAUCGGGGCAGCUCUUGCAGCUUUAUACCACGUGGUGGUGAUCAGAGCCAUUCCUUUCAAAUCAAAGUGAUGAUCAAAUAUUAAUAUAUAUCUAUGUAGUGGUGAUCGCUCGUGGCUAUUGCUGCUUUGCCAAUUUCUGUUUGUCUAGUUAUGUGUAUUUUCCAUUCUAAGAAUUGUAUUAGUACCGAAGUUUCUUCAAGGGUGAUCAAAAGCCUUCUUUCCUUCUGUUAAUUUUUCCGGUUCAAAGGGAAGAGGUUGCUGAUGAUCGAUCAAUGCCUGUCUCCCUGUAAAUUGAAAUGUGUGGCUGUGAUUGUGAAAUGUCAUUUUCAAAAUAACACCGACCAAACCCAACUUGCGUAACCA